GGAAGCAACUCUGGCAACCGUGAGAUGUACAUCGACAAGUUUGAAAUUCGAGGAACGACAGUCGAGCCCCCGGAUAUUACGAGAUAGCAGAAACUUGAUAUCCAGAAAUCCCAAUCUACUCGAAAAGAAUACCCGUCAAUCAGCCCCAAGUAAUCGACAAAAUAAUGGGACCAACGAGGUACCAGCAUCACCCACAAUCACACCUCCUGAAUCCAGUAAUACCGACCGGUUAGAUGUGCCCACCAAUGGCGUGACAGUGCCUCUGAUUGAUGAGCCAAUAACCCCGCGAAAGCCACCCCAAGUCAAGCGCACCGACUCAUUCAUCAAGAAAAUCAUAAAAUCCUCGAAAGAGAAUCUCACCCUAAACUGCGAAAAGCUAAUCAAGAACAUUCAACGAAGAAGUCCUCGUCUGGUCAGGAGAAAGCAGGCAUCGAGUGACAGCAGUGAAAGUCAGAAAAGUUCAUUUGGUGAGGAGAUCCCAGUGCCCCCACAGCGACACAAGCGCCCCCAUAGGCGUCCCUUGGCACUCCCCAAUCUUUUCAAAUCAACGGAGUACUUGUUACCACCUGAAGAGUACUUUCCCCCUUCAUAUGAAUCUAAUGAAGUUCACAUAAAGGCACUAACUCCCGAAGGACAACCAUCACCAAAUCCAGGCGAAAGCUCCCCAGUGCAAAGACUCCACUCGAGUUCUCCCCAUUCCAAAAGAUCAAGUUCACGUAGCAUAUCUGUGGAGGAUGUAGACGAACUGAUUCGAUCUGAGACCAACUUUCAGCUGUUGGAGGAGCGAACCCAUGUUUACAGAAAGCUCCGCCGAGAAAUCGAACAAACACGACGUCUAUCCGAUGAAAGCUCUGACAAUUUAUCAAAUGAAGUACCAAUAAGACGCUCACAAAGUGUGAGAAUAAUAAAACGCAGUGUCAAGACUAAAAUUACAAGAAAUUUAUCCAAUCUUUCAACUUUAAAGAGAAAUAAAAUUAAACGUUCACCAACGCCAGAAGACUUGCCCUACCUCGGGUCAUUAACUAUCGCUGAUAGCAAUAAGAGGUCAAAUAAUAAUCUUGUCUUGGUAAACGAAUAUAAAGUUAACGACAAUAUAACGUUAAACUCAAUACAAACAGACUCGAUUGAGCCACGCAUCGAAAAUUCCACGUACAGUGAAAAAUGCAGAAUUGCAAAUUCAGUGAAUACUUGUGCUUCUAAUAAUCGAAAGGAGGGAGAAACGUUGAAAAAGCAGGGUAAUACUGUUGCUUGGCGCACUUUGGUAUCGACGGAGGCGCCUGGUAGUGAUACGACUGCAGUAACGAGAUAUCAGUUAAGUGACUACAAUCGAGGAAAGGAGAGAUACGGUGAAACUGAAAAAGUGGGAAACCGUUGGGAUUUUGAGAGUAUUAAUUCAACUACUGGUGAACGUCAGUUGAUUCAUUUAAACGCAAACAAGCCGGAUUAUUAUUUGCCCCAUGAUUUUGGAGACUAUUCUAGGGUGUCGUGUGAAGUCGUGCGUGAUAAUUCCAAGAAGCUGACAAAUUUUGAUGGAAAAAGUGAAAGUGACAGGGUUGGGGGUAAAAUUCAUGUAGACAAUCGGGUAUUGAUCAAGGGAAAGGGCUCAAAGGGCAAGAAAGCUCGAUUGGGCUCGAAGCAACAGGUGAGAAGUGAACAUCUGAAAAUUACGAAAGACAACGACGACGGUGAACACGUUAAUAUGGGACUCUUCAUCAAGAUGAUGCGCAUUAGGGAAAAAUUGAUAUUUGGAUUCAGUGCAUUUGCAAUAUUAUUUACCCUUCUGCUUGUCAUGGAUUUGCAGAUGGACUUGGGUUACAGUGGUCAUCAUUUAGUACUGAGUCAUGGUAGAGUUAAAAUGGGAGAUGAACCCGAUCGUGAUACUGUUUACAACAAUUUCCGUCGUAAGUUUCUUCAGAGAACAAAUGGCAGUAGAGAGUUAACAGCCAGUGAUAAUUCAGUUGGUACCCAGAAUACGAGAGAUAGUGGGGGUUUACGGGAUAGUCCAAGGACUGAAGUUAAUGGUGCUAGUUCGAAAAAUGAACAGGAGCAUGAUGAUUUUGCCGAUCUUGUUGAUAUGGUACUUAAUGGUGAUGGUAUUGAUACUGAAACUGGUGUUGUGAGAGUUAGUGGUGAGGAUUACACGAAUAAUCCGACACUUGCGGAGGUACAGGGUGUCAAAGUGAGGAAAAAUUCGAGUAUUCUGCAGAAAUUUCAUUUGCAGAUAUCAAGACUGGAGAUGUAUCCUGAUAACUCAGAGAUCGUUGACAAGCUGCUGGAGGAGAUGGCGACGAAACCUAUCGUACACAUUGCCCAAAAGGAUGGAGGCACCCAGUUGAAGCUUGUGAUAGACUAUCCAAACGAUCUCCAAGCCCUCUUCAAGCCCAUGAGAUUUCCUCGGGAACAACAAACGCUUCCAAAUCAUUUUUACUUCACUGAUUUUGAGCGUCACACAGCUGAGAUAGCGACUUUCCACCUAGACAAGCUGUUGGGAUUCAGGAGAGCAAUGCCAGUGACUGGUCGGACACUAAACAUGACCACGGAGAUAUAUCAAUUGGCUGACGGUGAAUUGUUGAAGACAUUCUUCGUCAGUCCAGCUGGCAACAUGUGCUUUCACGGGAGAUGCAGUUAUUACUGCGAUACAAGUCACGCUAUCUGCGGUAAUCCCGACACUUUAGAGGGUAGUUUUGCCGCUUUCCUACCGGGAAAAGAGUUGUCGGCUAGGAAAGUAUGGCGACAUCCUUGGAGGAGGAGCUAUCAUAAGAGGAGGAAGGCUGCUUGGGAAACAGACUCCAACUAUUGCUCCCUGAUCAGGGACAUCGCACCAUACGACGAGGGUCGUCGACUCCUCGACCUUAUGGACAUGUCAGUUCUAGAUUUUCUCAGUGGCAACAUGGACAGACACCACUACGAGACAUUCAAGACAUUCGGAAAUGACUCGUUUAUCAUUCACUUGGAUCACGGCCGGGGCUUUGGUAAACCCUUUCACGAUGAAACCUCCAUCCUCGCACCAUUGCUACAGUGCUGCGUGAUAAGACAGUCGACCCUCGGGACCCUUCUCAAAUACCACAACGGUCCUCAACGGCUCAGCGCCGCUAUGCGUCAGAGCAUGGCGAAGGAUCCCGUGGCGCCUGUCCUGUGGGAGCCACAUCUCACUGCACUUGACAGACGUGUUGGUCUCAUUCUUCAGGCAAUACGAGAUUGCCUAAAUCGCAGUGUUCAGCCUGAUCACCUGGUCGAGGAGAGCGAGCAAAAUCAAGAACAACAACUCGAUCAACGGAAUAUACCUAAACUAUGAUAGUCCGCUGAUUUAGAUAUUUUGAAGCGGAAAAAUAUUUUUCAUAUUGGGCACAAAUGCUCCAACUAAAUGUGAUAUAGUUAUUUUUUAUGUUAAGGAAAUCCGGGGGUCAAGUAGUGAAACUCUUUUUAAAACUGGAACGGAGAUAUUGUUUUAUUUGUGAGUUUAUGAAUUUAUUUGUUGGCUCUAUGUGCAAAUGAUGAUUUUUUCUACAAUUCUGAAGGGGUAAAUUAGGCAGCAUUUAAAACAAAAUUCGAGAGGGGAACGUUCAUGGCAAUUUUCGAUGGAGCAUUUCGUAAAUUCCAGACUAACUCGAUAUUUUUUCAUGAAUUAAUUACUAUUCGAAAUGUUCACAGUCUGGUGAGUGUAGCAAGAGCUGUAAAAAGAAUUCUCUCAAUAUUUCAACAGAAACCUAUUUUAAAAAUAGGAAUCUAAAAAAAUCAGAUUUCUUGUCAUAUGUUCAUCCACUGAAUACCUUUGGGAGUAGGGAAUCUACGAAAAUUGAUUAAACGCCUUUGAUAAUACAAUUUCAUUAUCGAAAAAGGAAUCUCCGUUGUAAUCGGCUAUUCAAGAUCAUUUGAAAAUGAUGCACAGGUAUGCCAGGACUAUUUUUACCUCUUCACCAGCAAUUUUUCAUCAAUUAUUAGGAUUUAUGCGCGGCUAUCGAACGUUCCUGCAUAUUUAUGUAAAUUAUGUAUAGAUGGAUAUAUAAAAGAAUGGAAUACGUCCCAACAGUGAGUGUAAGUACAUGUCCAGAAUAUUUUGUUUAUUUUCCCUUUCGUUUUACUUUAACUUUUUAUUCCUUCUGUCCGAUUAUUUGUUACUGUUGUUUAUUUGUACUAUUUUAAUGUAUGCAGACCUUUAUAAGUCUCUGUUUUUAUGUUACGAUUUUAUUUUAACGAUGGCACUCGCAUUGAAUGCUAUUUGAUAUCGAAUAAGGCUGCAAUAAAAUGUGCACGAGGAGAAAUAAGUACGAUCAAUUGUAUCGAUCACAUCUUACGUAUUUGUGAAGCGAAGAGUGAUGGAUAAUUCUAGAUAGAUCAUUGAACAGUCGAGAAAACUCAUGCAAUGGACAAUGAAUUAUCGAAGUGAAAUGAGAGAAUUGGAAUUGAAGAAUUUCUCAUUCUCAAUAAAUAGCACUUUUAUCUUAUUUUUCGUUUCAACUUCAUCAAAUGUUUAUUGGUGUGUAUCAAAUCACUGAGAACUGAUCAAUUUAUCUCUUUUUAAUUUAAUUGAAUUGUACAUACAAAGGAAUUUCAAAUGUACAGAUAUGUAAAUCCAUACGGUGGAAUAUUGAAGUGGUCACAACAGAACCGAACAACUAGCUCUUCACUUUUUUUUUUCAUGACAAUGGGGAGAUGAAUACACGUUUGAUGGAAUUGGUUUAUGGGAAAAAUCGAAAUUAAUGAAGAGAAUUGAUAUCAUCUCUCAAUUGUCGAAUCAUUGCUGCGAUAAAGGGUGAAUUUCGGGAAAAAUGUGGAAUAUGCAUUAAAAAUCACCCCUCAAACCGUUUAUUACUUCUCUACAAAUGAAGUUAUGAAAAAAAUAUUUUUAAAAAACGACUUUAACCGUUGCAAUGUGAAAAUAGUCGACUGGACUGACUGCGUAAUGAUACCAGGCUUAACCAACAGAAUAAAUAAUUUACCCAAUUCGUCAUUAAGCGAUCAACCAAUGAAACUACAAACUGUACAACCAGUCCACGAUAAUCGUUAUGAGUAACGCUGGAAAACCAAAACAUAUCUACACCAAAAUUUCCCUGCAACAGUCCUCUCCAUUGACACAUAAUUCAUCUUCAAAGCUAUAUUGGAUGUAUGUAGAGAAUGUUAUUUUUCAACUGCCUGUAAAUAGGUAUCGGUUUUGUGUGAACUCUUAUACAUGAAUAAUAAAAGAGAAUUUUCAUGAAUACUUCCUUCAAUUGAAUUUAUUUCGCCAACAUCAGUAUUUCAAUCUCUUUUUUUUUUCAAACAAACGUUUGACACAACAUGAGUUCAUAGAAUAAUCCGCUAAUAAAUAAAAUUCAACUAAGCUUUUAAUCCCGGACUCACAUUCUAUAUAUGCUCUAUGUAUUAGCUAUAACAUACUGUUGGAUUUUGGGGAUUUCCCCAUGUACAAAAUUCACUCUUCUCUUGUUUUAUUAUUUUAAGUGCUGAUGGUUUAUGGCCAUUUCCCUUGGUUGUAAAAUCAAGGGAAAUGCCCCCAGUAUACUUUAUUAGUUUUUAACCACCUCGGGAUAUUUCUAAGUGUAUCUGCUAAAUAGAAGGAAUAGUAAAUAGUAAGAGGAAAUAUUCCGGGGAGGGGGUGAAAACUAUAUUACCCUCUUUAGGGCAAGUGAGUCUCUCUUGUCUCUUUUAGUUAGUCUCUUGUAGAUAUUCGUCGUAUCAAGUGCCUUCUGUCUGAGCAGUCUUAGAGUCUUUUAACUAUUAAAAUCAUUUAUAAAAUAAAUCAAA